AAACACAAAGUGAACGACUAAACUGACCGGCUGAGCAGAGACAGUCAAUCCUCGAUUCUCACCUAAGUUACCGGAUACUGCUUCCGCUCUGCGCUUCCGUCGUCGUCACCAUUCAAGCAAUCCCAAGGGGAAGGAAGCGGAGUCGUUUCGAUGAUCCCCCAUUCGUGGACAAAGGGGUGCAUAUUGCCCCUCUUGGGAGCAGCUCUGCUGCUCACAAUCAUCCAAGUUCGGGGCCAGACACAGGGUAACAAACCACAGGGCGAUGCUGCUCCGCAAAGUCCAUCUUCCUCAAGGCCUCUGAAUUUGCUGGUGAUCAAUGACGAAGCAAAUGAAAUCGCAAACAAGUCCGUGACUAGCGCGUUGAAGGAAUUGAGGGAAAAACGAACGGAUUUUUUGCUGGGGGACGUGACUGUGGUGCAGAUCAACAAAUCAGAUGCUCGCGGCACUUUGGAUCUCAUCUGCGGUGUUUGGGAUUCUGCCGUCCAACUGGGAGGUAACAGGAUCCCGGAUCUCGUGCUGGACACAACCAUGUCGGGACCCGCUUCCGACACGGUCAACUCAUUCACCGCGGCAUUAGGAUUGCCAACGCUCUCGGCGCAGUUUGGUCAGGAGGGUGACCUCAGGCAAUGGCGAAACCUUAAGCCUGAGCAAACCAAUUAUUUGGUGCAAGUUAUGCCGCCAGCAGAUUUGGUACCGGAAGCGAUUCGGCAGCUCGUUAUUGCGAUGAACAUUACUAACGCAGCGAUUCUGUUUGACGAGAGCUUCGUCAUGGAUCACAAGUACAAAAGUCUCUUGCAAAACGUUCCGGUACGUCACGUCAUCGUGAAAACCAAGAGCGCGGGCAAACAGACCAAGGACCAACUUUUGAGACUACGGAACCUCGACAUUGUCAACUUCUUUGUCCUCGGGGGCCAAAAAACACUCCGGGCAACACUUGACGCGGCUCAGUCACUGAAUUUUACCGGGCGAAAGUACGCCUGGCACGGACUCACACUUGAAGACUUCAGCCCCGAGUGCAACUGCGUCAACAUAUCAAUACUCUUUUUGAAACCAACACCCUCCGCUAACCAGCAGGCCGUGGGCGAACUCAGCAAUAAAGGACUUCUGCCCAAGCCCGUUUUGAUAUCAGCCUUCUAUUACGAUCUCACGCGUCUCGGUGUUAUGGCCAUGCGGGCGGCGAUCAACAGCGGACAAUGGUCGUCCAACGCCGAUCAACUAACCUGCGAUUCGUACAAUGGGACCAAUACACCAGCUCGAAAUAUCGGGCUCCUGGAGUUACUGAAGAAUGUUACUUCGAGCAAUGACUUCCACCCGACCUACGCCAAUUUUACUUGGGGGGAAAAGAACGGGCAACAUCAGGCCAGCUUCGCGAUGACAAUCACUUUCGUUACCAUCGCCGACAACAAUCCGGUGUCAACGGAGGACGCUGGCUCUUGGGACGCUGGCAUCGACAGGCGUCUAGAGGUAAUCUCGGAAGACCUCAUCGCCAAUCAUACCGCCCAGACUAGCUACCGAGUGGUGACCGUGGUUCAGGCCCCCUUUGUAAUGUACGACGCGGAAACAGACAAGUGGUCCGGAUACUGCAUCGAUCUCCUCGACGAGAUUCGUGAAAUAGUGAAGUUUGAGUACGAGAUACGACAAGCGGAAGACCAGCUGUUCGGAAACAUGGACGACGAGGGAAACUGGAACGGCAUGAUAAAAGAAUUGAAAGAAAAGCGGGCUGACAUAGCGCUGGGAUCUCUCUCCGUGAUGGCGGAGCGUGAAAACGUUGUUGACUUUACUGUACCAUACUACGACUUGGUAGGCAUCACGAUACUUAUGAAGAAACCCAAGGCACCAACAUCGCUUUUCAAGUUUCUCACGGUCCUGGAGAAUGAUGUCUGGCUGUGCAUCCUCGCUGCCUACUUUUUCACCAGCUUCUUGAUGUGGGUGUUUGACCGUUGGUCACCCUACAGCUACCAAAAUAACCGGGAGAAGUACAAGGAUGACGAGGAGAAGAGGGAGUUCAAUCUCAAGGAAUGCCUCUGGUUUUGCAUGACCUCGCUCACCCCUCAAGGCGGUGGAGAAGCUCCCAAGAAUCUCUCUGGACGUCUCGUAGCAGCCACGUGGUGGCUGUUUGGUUUCAUCAUUAUCGCAUCGUACACCGCUAACCUGGCCGCCUUCCUCACAGUCUCCAGACUCGAUACACCAGUAGAGUCCUUAGACGAUCUCAGUAAGCAGUACAAAAUCCAAUACGCGCCACUAAAUGGAUCAUCAGCUCACACCUACUUUCAGAGAAUGUCUGAUAUCGAGAAGCGAUUCUACGAAAUCUGGAAGGACAUGAGUCUGAACGACAGUCUAUCCGAUGUUGAACGGUCUAAACUAGCCGUCUGGGACUAUCCGGUGAGCGAUAGAUAUACAAAAAUGUACCAGGCUAUGAAGGAGGCUGGAUUCCCAGCGAACAUGAGCGAAGCUCUGGACAGGGUAAGGAACUCAAAAUCAUCCAGCGAAGGUUUCGCCUUCAUUGGUGACGCGACGGACAUAAGAUACUUGACGCUGACCAACUGCGAUCUGAUAAUGGUUGGUGAGGAAUUUUCCCGAAAACCGUAUGCGCUAGCCGUCCAACAGGGAUCACCGCUGAAGGAUCAAUUCAACAACGCGAUCCUUUCGUUGCUGAAUAAACGAAAAUUGGAAAAACUAAAGGAGAGAUGGUGGAACCGUAAUCCGUUGAAGGUGGUAUGUGAAAAGCAAGAUGACCAAAGCGAUGGCAUCAGCAUACAGAAUAUCGGUGGUGUAUUUAUUGUAAUUUUCGUUGGCAUAGGCAUGGCUUGUUUGACCCUAGCCUUCGAAUACUGGUGGUACCGAUACAGACCAAAGACCAAUAACCUAAAUACUUCGCAAAAUCCAAAAACCACACACAGCGUAAAGCCGGUAAGAUUUUACCUUCAGCCUGCCGCAGCCCCCCCAAGAAACGCCUUUGAUCCGUCCCAAUUCCGGGCGCAGUUUUAGAUGAAUACGAUGUCUCCCGUAUAUUUCGUUGAUAUGUUUAUUUUUCAGUUGAAUAUACGGUUAAACUUUGCAAGUAGAUAAUUUUGAAAAAAAAUAAAAAAUUGAGAAGACCGCGUAUCGAUAAUUCAUUGUAUUGAUACUGCAUGUGCGAAGGUAAAUACCCUGCGGAGAAUUUUAAAAAGAAUAUCAAAAUGGAAACAUUAUACAUUUCCAAUUUUUCCGAUUAUACUAUAAACCUG